AUGUCUAAUUUAAGUAGUUUACUGAUUUCAAAUAAUAGUUUAAAAAAUGAAACAAAAAGUUUACUUAAAAGUAUUAAUAAUGAAAAUGAAAAUGCUGAUAAAAAUAUAGAAACUGUAAAUUCUGAAAGUGUAAAAAUAAAACUAAUAAAUUUACAAGAAUAUAAAACAAAAAAGUUUUUAGACGAACGUAAAAAUGUAAAUGCAUGGAAUUCUAAUAAUAAUAAGAAAAAAGAUGAAAAAAAAAAAGAAAAAAAAACAGAAAAAAAAACAGAAAAAAAAGCAGAAGAAAAAAAUGACACUCAAAAAAAAUUAUUUAGGCCGACCCCACUUAAACAAAAAGAAGAAGUUGUAGAAGAGUUAUUUCCUGAUUUAUUACAAUUAAAAAAAGCUAGCAAGACAGAAAAAGAAAAAAAAAAAAACCAAGUACCCAAAAAAAAUAAGAAAGAAAAAGCAGAAAAGAAAAAAAAGCAAGUAGAGGAAGAAACUAUCUUUCCGCAGAUAGAAGAAAUACAAAAAAAGAAUUUUAAUAUUUUUGAUAUAAUUGAUAUAAAAAAGAAUUACGAAGUUAUUCUAAGAAAUUCAGAUAAAGUUUUAGAAAAGUAUAAGAAUAAAAAGAAAUUUGAUGAUUCUAUGAUAUUAUGUAAUUAA